UAAAAGUUUAGUAUACAGACAUUGAACUUACACACCAAAGUAUAUAAACCAACUUGUACUCACUAUCUACACAGGUGCAGGUCAGAAGGUCACAACGACAUGUAAUAACUUGCUGGCCGCAAACAGAUGGAGAGGAUAAUGGAAAAGGCACCUGCUGCAAGGCCUAACUUAUCCUAAAGCAGGCCACCUGAUUGAGCCACUCUACACAGCACACCCCCGGGCCACCAACUUCACAGUUCAGCAAGACAAAAAGAAAGGCAUGCAGUAGUAUGAAGCAAUGGGUGGUUACUCCGCGAUUCUCUCCACAUGGCGUUGAGCACCGGCGUUUGGCCUUUACUCUCAGUCGAGCCAACAAGGGCUCUUGUAGACGAGGAGCUAAAAGUGAUCGUGAGGAAUCUCAGCCCCAGACAGGAGGUGACCCUUCACUGUGUGCAUCAGUCAGAGGACAAGGACGUCUGGGAGGCCUUUGGACACUAUAUCAGUGACGAGCAUGGCACGAUAACAGUGGCAAAGAAUGCGAGCAUGGGAGGAACUUACAAAGGUGUGGAGUCCAUGGGGCUGAUGUGGAGUAUGCGGCCAGUGCCAGGAAGCCGACCAGGGCUGAGGUUGCGAAAGAAAGAUGUCCUCUCACCGAUGUUCUUCCACAUUUCUGUAUAUGAUGGACACAUUACUCAGGGUUUUAGCCAGCUCACAGCAUUAGUGACUCGUGUCAUAGAGCGCUGGUAUAUGGCUCCAGGUGUGCAAAGAGUCAGUCUGCAGGAGAAAGGAGUUCAAGGAACUUUGUUCAUCCCUCCAGGUCCUGGACCAUUUCCUGGCCUGCUGGACAUGUGGGGUGGAGGUAGAGGUCUGGUGGAGUACAGAGCUGCCCUCCUGGCAUCACAUGGCUUCGUUUCCUUGGCUCUGGAGUAUCUGUCCUCAGACGAACUAAAUAUAUCCACGAUUGAUGUCAGCUACUUUGAGACUGCAUAUCAGAUCCUACAGAGCCAUGCAAUGGUGCAGAGGGACAGACUGGCUCUGUUUGGCCUUUCAUUUGGGUCUGCUAUAGCACUGUCCAUGGCUGCAUACUCCAAAAUCAUUAAGCCCCGAUGUUGUGUUUGCAUCAGUGGCAGUCACGCCACUCCUGUCCAAACGACUGUGCUUGAAGCCGUUCAAGAGAUAAGCAAAAAGAUUGAUAAAGUGAGGAUAGAGGACAAUCAGAUCAUCUGGAGAGACAUAAUGCUGCCCAUCCCAGCAGAUCCAAGCAUGAAAGUACAUGUUGGUCAAAUAAAGUGUCCAGUGCUCUUGGUUAAUGGUGGUGACGAUCAGAACUGGCCUGCUGUUGAGUCUGCUGAAGAUAUGGUAAGGAUAAUGGAAAAGGCAGGGAAUCUGCACCUGCUGCAAGUCCUUACCUAUCCUGGAGCAGGUCACCUGAUUGAGCCGCCCUACACACCACACCACCGGGCCAGCAACUUCGUACUUGGCAAAGACAAAGUGGUCAUGCUCUGGGGUGGACAGCCCAAACCACAUGCUGAUGCACAAGAGGACUCAUGGGAAAAAAUUCUAGCCUUUCUACGACAACAUCUUUACUUUGCUGCCCCACAGGCUAAACUGUAGUGAUAUGAUCAGUAAGGAUGUCUUUGGACACUAUUUAAAAAAUACUUCAGUAUGUUCUUCAAAGGUUCAUUUAGGUAGUUUUUUUGACCACUUGAUGCUUUUUUUGCAACAUUAUGGCAAGAUGUACACUCCUAGGCAAAAAAAAAGAAAUGAGCCAAGCUCAUGGCAACACAUUAAGCUUUUAAUGGUCUUUACAACAGAUCAUUAAACACAUAGAAACAGUAAGUUAAUAUGGGCUAACUUUUCCUUUUGAUUUCUUUAAAUGUUAAUGUUUUGUAUGUAAAUUUGCAGGCAGCCUUUUACACAAAGAAUAGUCAGUAGUUUUCCACUCAACAUUAAUAGCUUCAAACAGUUAAAAAAACAUUGUCAAGCUAGUUUGUUUAAUGUGAGACCAGAUAUUCUUUAUAGGGUUUAAAUAUGGACUCUGACCAGGUCAGAACCAACAGUAAAAAUCAGAUUUUGGGCUUGGCCCAUUUUUUUUGACCAGGAGUGCACUUCCAGCUACUGUAGUCACUGCAGACACUUACCCACCUUACAGACUUCUGUGAGCUUUACCAUUUGUUUCCACUAGUUCUCUUCAUACCUAAUGCCAUAUGUCAGCAUUCAUUUUAGCAUUUCAGGAGUUUUGACUGGAUGUUCAGUUUAUUGGACUUUUAAGUGUUUGAUGCAUCUGUUCAGAAGGACAGCAUUGGCAGUUUUUUUUGUAAUUUUCAUGUGAUUAUUUUUAUUGUUUUCAGUUUUUGUAAGAUAAAUCUGAGAGAGUAAAGUAGAUGAAGAUUGCAGUCACUGCCUGCAGUCUGUCUUAUUCAUUCAUACAAACAACUUCCCUCAACUGUUACUAGAAGGUAAUUAUGACUGAACAGUUAAUUAGUAUUUUCAACUUGAGCAGGUCAGACUCAGAGGUAAACACUACUGUAUAAGAAUUAGGAUGGCAGUAACCACAAACCUUUGCAAGAAUCGUGGAAGUGUUGAGAUGAUUAAAAUGUAUUUUAUGAUAAAGAAUCAAGACCAUAAAAAGUUGAUUUUCA